CUUCAAUGAGGCUACAUCGUUCUCAAGACCUAGUGUCUAAAUUGAUGUUUCCAUUUCUUUUAAACAGAGUCCUUUGGACAGAACUACCCAGAGGAGGCGGAUGGAACUCUGGACUGUAUCAGCAUGGCCCUCACCUGUACCUUUAACAGGUGGGGUACCUUGCUUGCUGUGGGGUGUAACGACGGUCGCAUUGUCAUUUGGGACUUCCUGACGAGGGGUAUUGCCAAAAUCAUCAGCGCACACAUCCAUCCAGUUUGUUCAUUAUGUUGGAGUCGCGAUGGGCAUAAACUAGUCAGUGCGUCAACCGAUAACAUUGUGUCGCUGUGGGAUGUUCUGUCUGGAGAUUGUGACCAGAGGUUCCGAUUUCCCUCACCAGUUCUCAAAGUGCAGUUCCAUCCCAGAGAUCAGAACAGGGUCCUUGUCUGCCCAAUGAAAUGUGCUCCAGUGUUAUUAACUCUCUCUGACUCUAAGCACGUGGUUCUACCUGUAGAUGAUGAUUCAGAUCUUAAUGUUGUGGCAUCGUUUGACCGACGAGGAGAAUAUAUUUACACAGGGAAUGCCAAGGGAAAGAUCUUGGUUCUAAAGACUGAUUCACAAGAUCUGGUAGCUUCAUUCAGAGUCACAACAGGCACUAGUAACACCACCGCGAUUAAAUCUAUCGAAUUUGCGAGGAAAGGGAGCUGUUUUCUAAUAAACACAGCAGACAGAAUCAUUCGAGUGUAUGACGGUCGGGAGAUUUUGACAUGUGGGCGAGAUGGGGAGCCUGAACCAAUGCAGAAGCUGCAGGACUUGGUGAACAGGACUCCCUGGAAGAAAUGUUGUUUCUCUGGUGACGGGGAGUACAUCUGCGCUGGAUCAGCACGGCAGCACGCGCUCUACAUGUGGGAGAAAAGCAUCGGAAACUUGGUGAAGAUUCUUCAUGGCACCCGAGGAGAGCUGUUGUUGGAUGUAGCAUGGCACCCUGUCCGACCGAUCAUAGCCUCGAUAUCCAGUGGAGUCGUGUCUAUUUGGGCUCAGAACCAAGUGGAAAACUGGAGUGCAUUCGCUCCAGACUUCAAAGAGUUAGACGAGAAUGUUGAAUACGAAGAGAGAGAAUCUGAGUUUGAUAUUGAAGAUGAAGAUAAGAGCGAGCCUGAACAGACUGGUGGCGAUGCGGCAGAGGAUGAAGAGGUUGAUGUCACAUCUGUCGAUCCUAUUGCUGCUUUUUGUAGCAGUGAUGAAGAGUUUGAAGACUGCAAAGCUCUCCUCUACCUCCCAAUAUCUCCAGAAGUGGAGGAUCCUGAAGAGAAUCCCUAUGGACCACCUCCUGAAGCAGUGCAGAACCCAGGAGCUGAUGACCUGAACAAUCCGGAUAAGAAACGACAGGCGUCCACUGAUGGGUCACAGCCGCCAAAGAAGAAACCCAAGAUGACGACUAUUGAGCUGCAAGGAGUUCCGUGUGAUGAAGUUCACCCGUUGCUGGGUGUGAAGGGCGAUGGCAAGUCGAAGAAAAAGCAAGCAGGCCGGCCAAAAGGAACGAAAGGUAAAGAGAAAGAUUUCAUUAAGUCGAAAGCCUUCAAAGGGGACAGAGGUCAGCCUUUGGAAGGAGCAGUGAAGGGCAAGGAGCUAGCAGAGGUGGCUGAGCCACCUUCAGGAGGAGGUGUUAUUUCUGACCUGCUGUAAGCAUGGCUGAUGAUGAUUUUUCAUCAUCAUUGACGUUAUUGAGCUACCUUCAUACUUCUUAGUGUGAUGCAGCACCUGGGAAGAGAAUGACUGUCGGCCACUCUGUUGGCCAAAGAGAAAAGGAACCUUCAUGAACCGUCGGGAUGGAUAGGCCCUUCAUCCCUCCUCGAACUAUGGGCGUUGAAACAUCAGUCAGCUGAAGAUCUCUUACAGUUCACCAGGAAAACUGAUGUGUAAUUUCUGUCUUCACAUGUCAUACAGUGAAUAUAUUACUAUUUAUGUGGAACCAUAACAAGCAAAGCACUCAAGGCUGAGCAGGUGAACAAAACUAUCAUCCUCCAGUUUUGCUUUUGUAGUAGUUAUUGAUGGGUAUCUCUUUCAUGUCCUGGGAGGUCACAGGACUGACAUGUCAGGUGCACUGUAAAGUUUCAUAUAAUCCGGUUCCAGAGACACACAACCUCCCUCUCUAUCACGUAUUUUUCUUUUUAAAGAAAAACUAUUUGUGGUAAUCUUGAGAGAUCUGGGUGCUUGUAUAUCUUUUGUACUGGUUUGUUGUAUAACUAGCUGGCGGUGAAUGGCUAAAUAUUGUAGAUUUAACUUUUUUGUUAUUCCUUUGUUUAUGAAGUGGACUGAUAAUCCUGUUGUGGGCUAUAACUAAUGCCUCUAUUGAAGUGAAGGUUGGCAGUUGCUUUUUUCUUACUUUUCCCUUCCCUUGAUCUUCCAAAGUGUAGCACUUCCACGCAGCAGUUGUACAUCUUCACAAUCUGUACCAACUGGCUGGAUCUAAUUAUUGUGCUGUCGCAAAUCCCUAUCCCUUCUCCUGUUGAGGAACCUUAGGGAUCUGAAUUUCCCCAGGCUUUCUGCUGGUGCAGGAGGCUGGUAGAAGAUUCCUAUCUGGUUAUGCUUCCGGUCUAAGUGAGGACCUGGCAUUUGAGUGGGCAGUCAGUACACCAACUGGGGGGGAAUUGGACUGGCAUCUCAAAGGAUACCAACCAGUGGAGUCAUUGCCAGGCCCAGCUGCUGAUCGGUUCCUGAACUUGGAGAUUCAUCUCUCGAAUGGUUUGAAGUGAAUCUUUCGACCUCUUAGUUCAACCCCUGCAGCCCCAGAGCCCUGUCCAGCAGCACUGAGAUCGGAUAUUAUGGAGGCAUCGGAUAGAUGAGUCCCCAAAAUAGGCCCGUUCUGGGAAGGGCUUCUCUCACUGAUCUUAAAAAUUGUAGACCAGUCAGGUCAGGAGAGCGAUGUCAGAGUUACAGCUGGAAUAGCUGUCAGUGCUCAAAUAGAAGUGCUCAAUCUGUUUAUGAUUACUGGUGCUCCCAUGUGGACAGGGCAAGACAAUUCACAUAAAGUAGAGAUUCCAGGAGAUGAGGGUGAAGAGGAUAACUUUGUUGGCCACCUUCAAUUUAAUUUGUUUAUUAUCUGAAAUAAGCCUCUCCAUCAAUUAACUGUUUUAACUAACUCUUAUUUGUUCACUUUCACAACUAAUGAAGUCCUGUUUUAAUAUUCAGUGACAUUAUGGACGAAUUCUGAAGGCUUAGUCAGCUAGUGAAUGGUUACGGUUGUGUCAAUGGAAGAAACUUCUUGUCUCUACUCUAUACACACACACACAAUCCAAAGAUGUCUUCUCACAUGCACGCAUGUGCAUAGACACGUGCACACCUAACCUUUACCCCAUAUGUGCAUAAUCAAAACCCACGCUCCCUAAAAUGUGAAUGUCCCUGUGCACCUGAAAUGUCUAUCACCUGGUAAUGAAUACCAAAGUCUAACCCCAUGCAUACAAUGGGAGGGCCCAUUAAAUGGAAAAAUCCAAAGCUCCCACCCAAGCAGAUAAAUUACACCUUGAUUUGAAGUUUCAUGAUUAUUUUCCAGUCAAUCUAGUGUCUCGAUGUUUUCUAACUGUUACACAAGUGCUCCCCCAGCCCCACCACCUCCUGCCCAAGUUUCCUUGUUUCACUUUUUUCUUUCUGUAAUACUGAUGGUCAAUUGGAGCAGCUUGGCUCGUUGUAAAAAGUAGUAUUUACAGCUGCACAUGCGAAAUACUGCACAUGGUGACAUAUAUGUUACACCUCAGCUUUGAGUCCCUGAGUCCCAAGAAAAUUCUGAAUGAAAGUAUGAACCAUUGACAAAUUAUGAUACAGAAAAAAAGUAUAUUGUUGUCUGUGUGGCACAGGAUUCUGUAACAUGAUAAAUACUUCUAAAAUCGAUAAGGUUCUCUUAUCUACAUUGAGCUGAGCAAGGAAUGAACUGUGGUUUUAUUUCUGUAGUGCAUUGUCCUCAUAAUCCUGCUGCAAAAUUUCAGUCCUCCAAUUCCAGUGGCUACUGUGAUAUAACCUCUGUUCAAUAUUGACUGACUACCGUUGCCAAGGAACAAAUAGAUCAAAUUUAUUCAUCAUUGACUUUUUCUUUUAAAGUAAAAAAGAGAUACAAUUGAACACAUGCCCUUUAAUUCAAAUAUAAUUAAUAAUGUGGUAUUUGCCACACAGAAAUGAGCCCAUUUGGCCCAGCAGGUGCAUUACUGGGGUUUAUGGUUUGCAGAAACCUCCCUCCACCCUUUUCUCAAAAAUCUUUUACUGUUUUCUCUUUUGUGUGUUUAUCUAGAUUCCCUAGCACCUGUGCAGUUAGUCUCAGCUACUCUUUUAGAGUAUUCUCACAUCAUUGUGCUACCCUUAUUUCUGUAAAACUGCUUUAAUGAGGGGGGGGAGGGUGAUGGGUCUAGAGCAAAGGAUUAGUAGAUUACAGCUCUUUGGGUUCUUCCUGCUACAUAGCAGUAAAUACAUUAAAUGAUAUCUUGCAAUUUUCAAUGUGACAAUCCAUUUGUUUGCAGUUUUUAUGGUUUUAAAUGGUCCCUCUUUUGAGUCUGGGUGUUUCUGUUUGACCCAGGAGGGAGUUUGACAAUGAGGUGAUGAUAUGAGGAGAGAAGAGAAUAAGAUGUUUGUGGAAAGAAACCAGGACAGUGAAGACUAUUGGAUGUCCGUUGUGUUUAAUUAUGACUCCUUCAGAGAAGGGGAAGCGAGAGUUUCACAUUUGUUCUUAAACGACCAUUCCGAAGUUGGACAAUUUGCCUUCUCCUGGAGCACUGUAAUCUGACCCUGCUGGCGCUGGUGAAAAACUCCUUCCGCGUUUGACUGGUCGUAUUAAUAACAGAUAGCUGUUAUUGUUAAACCACCUCUUCCACUUGGGGGUCGGUUGUUUUGCAAUGAUCACUUUUUUAAUGUUGAUAGGACAAAUACUUGUUAAAUCCUCUACUGCAUUUAAAUUGGCCAGAUUUCAAACACAAGAAAUGUUCAGAUGACUCAAGUGUAUUGAGAUGACCCAAUAUUUGGUUGUACAGAACAUAAAUGCAAGGAUGGUUUGAGCAACUGUGUAUACAUUUUCUUAAUUUCUGUAAAUAAUAAACAUUAACCUGGUUUUAA